UCACUGUUCUUGGGAAUUGCUGGAUGCUUUAAAACUUCAUCAUAUUUUUCCUAAAUCUAGGCUACAAUGCAGGUUUGUUGAAUGACAUUCUGUUUUUUGUUGUAAAGCACUGGGCUGUGCAUUCUCAGCUAUCUUCGGGAGAAAUAUUGUCCAACAGUUGUUGAACAACCCCAAUCAAAUCAUUGGAAUGUAUUUGGAAGUAUCAUAUCGGAAAUGAAAGGAUACACUUUGAAGUGGACUGUAUAAUGAUUUUUUAGACCUAUAGUGGAUUAUAUUUUUCUGCUAAAGUGCUAUAACGAAAAGUGCUAUAAUUUUUUUUUAUAGAAGACCAGCAGUCAGUCAAAAUGCCAUGGGAAAUAAUACUUUGUCGAAUUAUGCUUUUGCUGAACAUGAUAACUUGUGAAAGCUUCCCGAACAAGUUUGAUGAGGACAUUGACAAACGUAUUGACCCACUAGAUUACGUUAUCGAUCCAUUAGAUUAUGAUAAAUUUGAGGAUCCGUUUGAUAGAAAUGUAACUGCUUGUGGUGAGUGCUCACCUGAAUUGUGUCCCGUGGCACAAGAAUGCAGGGCUGGGCUCAUUUUGGACAGUUGUGGUUGCUGCCAAGAGUGUGGAAAUCUAGAGGGGCAGACGUGUGAUAUUGGCGACCUUAAUGUAUUUUACGGUCUCUGUGGGACGGAUCUUCAAUGCAAAAUUGACGAUUUGGAUGUUGGAGAUGGAGAAGUUGCGGAGCCGCAGUGCGUGUGUCAAUCGCAAGAUGCGCUUUGUGGUUCCGAUGACAGAACAUACAUGAACAUUUGUCAGUUUAAAGAAGCGUACUUCUCAAAUUCAGCACUCAAGAUAAAGCGCAAAGGUCCAUGCAAAACAGUGCCGAUCAUCAAGGUCCCACCCCAGAACCUGGUGAAUGUUACGGGUAGUAGCAUGGUGUUCCUCUGUGAGGUCUUUGCCUUUCCAAUGGCAAUGAUUGAAUGGAAGAAGGAUGGCAGAGACAUUAUUCUUCCAGGAGAUGACCCACACAUAUCUGUCCAGUCUCGGGGUGGUCCCCUGAAGUAUGAGCUCUCUAGCUGGCUGCAGAUCGAGAAAGCUGGCCUGGCCGAUGCUGGCACCUACCGCUGUGUCGCUCGGAAUGAGCUCGGCAGUAUCUCUGCAAUGGCUGUGUUAGGAGUUCUAGGUCCAGGUAAUGACAGUUCUAGAGACAGUUCUAGAGCUUUAUUUCAUUUUUCUUCAGCUGUCACACAAAUCUCUCAAAAUGACAGACGUGAGAUUGACUCCUCUGGUUACGAUGCUAGUGUAGGCUAAUAACCCCAUCUAAUACUUUUUCAGAAGAGAUGUCUGUCUACUUGACGGAGAAUAUGACAGAAAUGAUGGAGUAUGGCAACUCGGAGAGAGAGUAUGAUGAGGAUUACUACUAGUGAUGUCCUCCGUUCUAAGGAAUCAGCCCUCACUAACGGAAGUGCUGAUGGCAUCCUGAAAGUCUUCACAAUUGUUGUAGUGUUGCACAUGCAGAUUUUGUACAAACUGUUCAGCUUAACCCCAUGUUUUCAUCUCUACAUCUGUAGUCAAGAUGGUGAAAGUGAAGAUGUGGAUGUGAUAUAUAACAAAAGCAUAGGUGAAUAUGUGUGGAAGUUGAUUAUGGAAGCGACUGAUCAUUCCUGAAGUCUAUAUUGUACACUAUAUUGUACUGAAAGCAUAAGGAAUGAAUGUCUCUUUGUUCAAAAGCUGUUCAAACCCAUUUUCCUUGUGACUAUAAGUCUACAUUCCAAACCAUAUAAAUGGUGUCUUGCAGGAAAGUUGUCCUGUUACUGUCUGGUAAAAGGUUUAGCCAUCCCCUCAGGAUGAACCUGGCAUGUGUGCAUCCAAUAUGUGCAACUGGAUGUACUCUAUAUGGAAUGUCUAGGUGCAUUGUUGUGUCUCAGAACUGGAAUGUACUUUUAGCUAGUUUAUAGGUUUCCAUCUAUCGCUGUAAUGCUUGGGCAGAUGUGUCAGUAAGCCAAGCUCAGCUCUGGUCGUGGUGGAGAGAAGCCCACAGAUGGUUUUAAUGUUUUGUGCAGCUCAGACAUGAAGAGAAACACCAACUCCUUUGUUCUUGUGUCAACAAGGUUCUAUGCAUUUCCUUUUAUAAGAGAUUAUGGACUACCUUGUACUUGAUCUAAAUAUAGCCAUUCCUACUACAUCUACGCAAAGGAAGCAACAUCAGACUAAGAAUAUUAUGAAUAUAUUAUGAAUAUGAAUAAACAAAUUAUAUUACAAAGAUUUGUUAUAUUAUGCUACUUCUGAAUAUUACAAUAUAUCAAAUAAUCUCAAAGGGGAGAUAUGUUUUUCCAAAUGAUUUCUGCUUUCAUCUGGAUAAAAAAAAUCUGUAUUGACAAAUUAAAUGUAAAAUGCGUACAUUUUGAAGCGAUGAUGGCUUACUACAUACUGUUACUGGAGUGCAUAUUGCAUUCCCAGAAGAAAGAAAUAUGCAAUAAAUGAAAAACAGUAAUCACAAA